AUGUGCGGCUCCUUUGGUUGGUUCAUAUUCGCAACCAAAUCCUACGGCAGACAUUACGGGCCUGCCUGUGUCACGUUCUUCGACGAGCAGAACGCGUUGAUAGAUAGUUGUGAGACCGAGGGCGAGAAGAUCGUGGUUAGUGCGUUGAUGAUCAACAGCGGCUGGUAUGAACCUCUCAUCCAACACGAAGCCUACAUCCUCUUCUUAACGGAGAACCCCCGCCCCCCAGGGUACACCCCACGGCUGAACGACACCGAACUCUCGGCCCUUAAUACAUCUAUCUUGGAGCCUGCGGGCUGUCGGGAUCAGGAGCGCGCGUGUGGUGCGUUGAGGAAUCCAGAUAGUGCGAAUAGGACGGUGGUUGAGGUGUGCAUCAAGGCGGACGAUUUUUAUGUCGAAAACGUCUUCGUCCCCGCUUUUGGAGACCGGGACGUGGACGACUUACCACAAGACUCCUCCGCUCUCUUCCAACCAGACUUUUAUCUCGAUUUCCUGGCGAAUGAGACGGUGAAGGUGUCAAUGUUUAUUGGGGCUACGAGCACGUAUAGCGAAUGCUCUGACGCGCCGGACGAGCUGUUCGAGAGGACGGGUGACGACGCACGAAGUUGGCUGAAAGAACUGGGCGACCUGGCGAAUUCAGGGUUGAAGCUGCUUUGGGAACGUUCACCCUUUCGAGUCCUUUUCUUCUUCUGUCUCAACUGGAUAGGCUGCAGCAAUUCCGUCCUGGCAAUGGAUAGGUUCGGUAACGAACAGCUACAUGCGACUCCUCUGAGAAAUGUUACGAUCAGCAGGGUGAAUGGGGUCCAGGGUGAGCCUGUCGCUGCGGUGCUGAAUGUUGGGAAUCUCAGCUUUGCGUACGUUUACCCUCCUCUUGCUUCAUGGUGA